AUGCUCUUCGCUCCGAUCGCCGUUGAGGCGAUGAAGUGCAAGGAAGAAAACUGCGAAUCUGUCUCUGCGGAAGGAACAAAAACAAUCCAUUCGAACGCGGCAAGCUGCGCAAGCGCGAGGAGCACUCGGCUUCGGUACACCCCAGCCGAAGCUGUGCUGCAGGCCGCCCCGCAGCCACCAUCCGAGCCUCUUGCCUUCCGUCAGCAGCCACUGUGGCAGUUCCCACCACCGCUGCCUCCGCCUUACGUCUAUCCUCAUGAUCAGGACAACCUUAUGCAGCCAAUUGGUAACGAGCGAGCUAGUUUUCGCAGUUUACGCAAGAAUAUUGGUGGGCGAUGGAAACGACUCGUCAAAAAGAAGCCUGAACAGGAAGUUUACACGAUUCCACCCGAGCUCAAGCCCCAACUGAAGCAAAUAUACAUGUAUUAA